AUGAGCAAGGAAGUCUUCUCUCGCGAUGCUAUAAAGCAGCAGCAGCAGCAGCAGCAGCAGCAGCAGCAGCAGCAGCGGUGGCAGCGAUUGAAGCAGCGCAGCCACAGCAGCAGCAGCAGCAGCAGCAGCAGCAGCAACAGCAGCAGCAGCAGCAGUGACCGGAUCAGCGGCCCAUCCUCCUCAUCCUCAGCAGCCCUGCAGCAGCAUCAACAGCAGCAACAGCAGCAGACAGCAGCAGCAGCAGCAGCAGCAGCAGCAGCAACAGCAGCAGCAGCAGCAGUGACCGGAUCAGCGGCGCAUCCUCCUCAUCCUCAGCAGUCCCUGCAGCAGCAGCAUCAACAGCAGCAGCAACAACAGCAGCAGCAGCAGCAGCAGCAGCAGAAUCUGCGGGAGCGCCGCUGCCUCUUCUAUCUGCAGCUAGCAGCAGCAGCAGAAACACUCAGAAUACAAAGCCCCCUAUUCUCUCACUAUUUGCUGCUGCGUAUCUGUAGCCACCUGCAGCAGACUGCGCUGCUGCAGCAGCAACGAAGGCUGCUGCUGCAGGGAGCUGCAGCAGCAGCAACAGAUAUACUACCAGCCAGCAGCAGAAGCAGCAGCAGCAGCAGCACCAUCAGCAGCAUCACCAGCAUCAGCAGCAAAAAACUAUCAAAAAAGAGCACCAGCAGCAGCAGCAGCAACAGCAGCAGCAGCAGCAGCAGCAGCAGCAGCAGCAAGGCUGUUGCUGCUGCUGCACUGCAGCAAAGGCUGCAGAACACGCCACUGCCAGCUGUUGUGUCUCGGCUGCAGCAGCUGCUGCUGCAGGUGGACCGCAGCAGCAGCAGCAACCGUAUUGUCUGGGAAUGUUAUGCUGCUGUUGCUCCUACUCUGCUGCUGCUGCUGCAGCCGCAGCUGCUGCUGCAGCACCUCACCACAGCUAGCUUCGAGCAGCUAGCUGUGCAGCAGCAAACAGCAUACUACGUGAGGGGUUUGUUUUCUCACCCUGAUGGUGGUGCCCCGCUGCAGCAGCAGCAGCAGCAGCAGCAGCAGCUAGCUGAGCUCGGCUGCUGCACUGGCAGCAGCAUGCAGCCUAUGAUAGACAACGCCCCGCCUUUCGGCGUCCUGGUGUUCUCUCCCCAGCAGCAGCAGCACCAGCAGCAGCAGCAGGCAGCAGCAGCAGCAGCAGCAGCAGCAGCAGCAGCAAAGACAGCAGCAGUAGGAGCAGCAGCACCGGCGACAGCAGCAGCAGCAAAGACAACUGCAGCAGCAAGUGGUAGUACUGCUCCAACUUCUGCCACUACGCCUACUUUUGCUGCUGCUUUUGCUGCUGCUGCUGCUGCUGCUGCUGCUGCUGUUGGUGGUGCUGCAGCAGGAGAGGAAACACAGGUUGCCUGGCAGCAGCUGCUGCUGUCUCCUGCUGCUGCUGCUGCUGCAUGCACCAGAGCAGCAGCAAAAGGGUGGUACUGGUUGAUGGAUUCACUACAAGAGGGAUCAGCAGCAGCAGCAGCAGCAGCUGCUGCUGCUGCUGCUUCACCCGUGCUGCCGCAGUCUGCUGCAGCACGACUUGCUGCUGCUGCUGGCGCAGAGCCUCGCAGCUGGAUUGACGUUCCUGCUGCUGCUGCUGUCUUUUUUGCUGCUCCUUUUUUAUCCGACACAGCUGCAGCGCCGCAGCAUCGGCUACCGCCUGCGCCGCAUCCUAUGGGAAAACAGCAGCAGCAGCAGCAGCAGCAACAGCAGCAGCAGCAGCAGCAGCAGCAGCAGCAGCAGCAACAGCAGCAGCAGCAGCAGCAGCAGCAGCGGGAUGGACUUCAUGGGGGGCUUUCAGCAGCAAGAACCUACAGCAGCAGAGAUAGCAGCAGCACAGCAAUGGCAGGGGACCCAGCAGCAGCAGCAAACGUUGCUUACGCUCUUCUGGAGCUCACGGGGCUGCCUUGGCUGUGGCGGCGGUUGUAUAGCAGCAGCAGCAGCAGCAGCAGCAGCAGCAACAGCAGCAGCAGCAGCAGCAGCAGCAGCAGCGGAAUGGACUUCAUGGGGGGCUUUCAGCAGCAAGAACCUACAGCAGCAGAAAUAGCAGCAGCACAGCAAUGGCAGGGGACAACUACAGCAGCAGCAGCAGCAGCAGCAGCAGCAGGAUAUUACCAGCAGCAGCAGCAGCAGCAGCAGCAGCAAACUUACUGCUCAGAUUUUGACGCUCGUGUUGCUGCCUUUUAUAUGGCUCUAGCACGAGACAACAACUCUGCUGCUGCUGCUGCAGCAGCAGCAGCAGCAGCAGCAACAGCAGCAAUGCCGAUGGACCCCAAUGCAUGCGGUCUGGGUUCUGCUGCUGCUGCAGUUGCUGUAGCAGCUGCUGCAGCGGCAGUUGCAGCUGCAGUUGCGCAGCAGCAGCAGCAGCAGCAGCAGCAGCAGCAGCAGCAGCAGCAGCAGCAGCAGCAGCACCGGCAGCGGCAGUAUACAGGCUCUUCUGCAGCAGCAGGUGCUGCAGCAGCUGCAGCAACAGCUGCAGCAGCAGUGCCGAUGGACCCCAGUGCAUGCGGUCUGGGUUCUGCUGCUGCAGCUGCUGCAGUUGCUGUAGCAGCUGCUGCAGCGGCAGUUGUAGCUGCAGUUGUAGCUGCAGUUGCUGCAGCAGCAGCUGCUGGAGCUGCUGCAUCUGCUGCAGUUGCUGCAGCAACAAAAGCAGCAGCAGCAGCUGCUACAGCAACAACAGCAGCAGCAGCAGCAGCAGCAGCAACAGCAGCAGCAGCAGCAGCAGCAGCAGCAGCAGCAGCAGCCGCUUUAUGUGCAGCGAGAAAUCCUACAGCAGCAGCAGCAACAGCAGCAGCAGCAACAGCAGCAGCAGCAACAGGAAUAGGAGCACAAGCGGUUGAAGGACCAGGAAACAACAGCAGCAACAGCAGCUGUAGAAGCAGCAGCAGCAACAGUAACAGCAGCAGCAGCAACAGUAACAACAGCAGCAGCAGCACGCAGCAGCAGAAAACGACAGCGACAACAGCAGUUGCAGCUGCAGCAACAACAGCAGCAGCAGCACCAAAACCACCGCUCAACAGCAGAAAACAACAACAACAACAACAACAACAACAACAGCAGCAACAGCAGCAGCAGCAGCAGCAACAGCAGCAACACAAGCAGCAGCAGCAGCAGCAGCAGCAACAGCAGCAGCAGCAGCAGCAACAGCAGCAGCAGCGGCAACAGCAGCGGCAGCAGCAACAGCAGCAGCAGCAGCAACAGCAGCAGCAGCAACAGGGAUAG